AUGUGUAUAAAACUAGAGCUGAGGCAUCAAGGAAGCCAUGCCCAUUCCUGCAUAACAGCAUCAUCCCAUCAGGAGGAGAUGAACACCAACAAGAACCUGUUCCAAGGCUACGUGGAGCUCUACCACAACGGCCUCUUCCACGUCAAGUCCAUGGCGCUGAGGUGCGCGGUUGAGCUAGGCAUUCCCGAUGCCAUCCACCGCCGCGGCGGUGCAGCGACGGUCUCCGACCUCGUCGUCGACACCGGCGUCCACCUGGCCAAGCUCCCGUGCCUCCGGCGGCUCAUGCGCGUGCUUACCGUCUCCGGCAUCUUCGCCGCCGCUGAUCAUCAGCCAGCACCACCCUCCGACGACGAGAGCGAGACCGUCUACAAGCUCACUCCGAUCUCCCGCCUCCUCGUCGACGACGACGGCGACGACGGGGUUUCUUCGACUCCGCGUGGCAUGUCCGCGAUGCUGCGCCUCCUGGCGCGCCCCGACACGGCGGUCGCCCCGUUCUUCGGCCUGGGAGCGUGGCUCAGAGAUGCCGGCGCCGCGACGCUCUUCGAGGCGGCGCGCGGGGCGCCCACCUGGAGCCUGACGAGGAGCGACGCCUCGUACAACGAGGCCCUGAACGACGGGUGCGCCGCGGACAGCAGCUUCGCCAUGGACGCCGUGCUGAACGACGGUGCCGCCGCCGGCGGCGCGAGCAGCAUCUUCCGGGGGCUCGGCUCGCUGGUCGAUGUUGGCGGAGGCCACGGCGCGGCCGCGGUGGCCAUCGCCAGGGCCGUCCCGCACAUCAAGUGCAGCGUGCUGGACCUCGAGCAAGUGGUCAGCAAGGCACCUUCUGAUGGCACGGUGCAGUUCAUCGCCGGCGACAUGUUUCAGUCGAUCCCACCUGCGGAUGCUGUUUUACUGAAGUAUGUCUUGCAUUGUUGGGAUGAUGAUGACUGCGUUAAGAUACUUCGGCAGUGCAAGAGAGCAAUCUCAGCAAGAGACGGUGUAGGUAAAGUGAUAAUUAUGAAUGUUGUGGUUGGAUAUGGGACGCAGGACAAUGUUGUCAAGGAGACACAGAUGUUAUUUGAUAUGUUCAUGAUGCGGUAUGGCGGGGCCGAGCGAGAAGAGCACGAGUGGAAGAAGAUUUUCCUUAAAGCUGGAUUCAGCGACUACAAGAUUACGCCGAUAUUAGGUUUUCAAUCGCUCAUUGAGGUUUUCCCAUGAAAGAAAACUAUCCACAUGAUGAUGAAGUUAAUAAGAUAUACAUCAUGACUCAUGAGUCAUGCUAGAGGCAGGUGAUUGUAUUAUGGAAGAAUUGUUCGUAUUUAUUAUGGAUUUAUGGUGCUCAAAGGUAUGUAAUAAGGCAGCACAUGAGCUCGCCGAUGACAUGGGUGCUCAGUUAGGUUGUCGAGUCUGUUAUUUUGUGGUUUCUAAUGGCUCUGUCUUUGUAAACGCUUUGGUUAACAACGAGUCUGUUGUUGUGGUCGGGUAAUGGAACGAGUAUGUUCCUUUUUUAUAAAAAAUAUAAAUUCAUGCGUA